AUGUGUAGAGGCGUGAAUGAAGAAGAGAGCCGAUCAAGCGACGGAGGAGGUUGCCGGAGUCUUUGCACGAGACCGACUGUUCCGGUUAGGUGUGAGCUCUGCGGCGGCGACGCCUCCGUGUUUUGCGAGGCCGACUCGGCUUUUCUUUGUAGAAAAUGCGACCGGUGGGUUCACGGUGCAAAUUUUCUUGCAUGGAGACACGUGCGGCGCGUGCUCUGCACCUCAUGCCAGAAACUCACGCGCCGGUGCUUAGUCGGAGAAGAUUUUCACGUUUUUUUACCGGCGACGGCGGAGGAGAAUAGAACGAUAGAAAAUGAGCAAGAUAGUAGCAAUCAGAAGGUUCCGUUUGUGUUUCUCUGA